AUGGCCCAGGGAGAGCCGGCGCUGGUCCUGUCGGACACAGACAGCGCAGAGGGCCUGGAGGAGGUGGAGCCCAGCUUCUCUGGAAUAAGUGAAAAUAAUGCCUGCUACACCCUCAAGCCCCAACAGAGAUUUAUUGCACAUGAAGUAAAUGAAAACCAAAGGAGUAUUGAAGAAAUCUGCAUCUGCUGUGGCAGCUUCCAGAUUCAUACCCAGCAUCCCUUGUUUCACGGAGGAAUUUGUACUCCAUGCACGGAGAACUUUCUGGAAACAUUUUUCCUGUACGAUGAGGAUGGCUUUCAGGCUUUUUGUACGAUCUGCUGCUCAGGGAAGACUCUGCUAAUGUGCGAUGAUCCAACUUGUAAUAGGUGCUACUGCCUGGAGUGUCUGGAUGUUCUUGUAAGUCCUGGUACUGCAGAGAAAGUUAAAGCAACGAAUACCUGGUUGUGUUUCAUGUGCCUCCCCUUGAGUUCACAUGGGUUCCUGAAGAGGAAGAAGAGAUGGCGUGCGAAACUGAAGUGCUUCUAUGAUCAGGAAUCUAACCAUCUUGAGAUUUAUCAGCCUUUAGCCGCAUGGGAACGAAAGCCAAUCAAUGUUCUCUCCCUUUUUGAUAAUAUUACCAUGGAGAUGAAAAAUCUUGGAUUUUUGGGCAGCAGCUUGGGGGAUGGCAGGCUGACAUACUUAGGUGAUGUCACCAAUGCUCUGAGGACAGAUGUAAAAGAAUGGGGUCCUUUUGAUUUCAUAUUUGGUUCCACUCCUCCGGUUGGAAAUUCCUACGAACACCCUCCUGCUUGGUAUUUCUAUCAAUAUCACCGCAUCCUACAAUACGGGAAACCCCCAGAGAGCAGUCAGAGGCCAUUCUUCUGGAUGUUUGUGGAUAAUCUGGUGCUGGAAAAAGAAGACAGAGAGACAGCUUCGCGAUUCUUUAAGGUACACAGAAAAUCCAGUCCCUCCCCAGAUUUUUUUUUCUUCACAUCAUGUCUCCUUAGUGUUUAG